AUGAAUAUGAUCUGUAGGUUUGACUUACACAAUAAUGAUUGGUUGUUGGGGCUAUAUGAGAACAGGCGUAAAUGGGUACCUUGCUUCUUGAAAACCACUUUCUGGGCAGGGAUGUCGACGACACAACGAAGUGAAAGUAUGAAUUCGUUCUUCGGUGGAUAUGUCCACUCGAAGACCUCUUUAAAACAGUUUGUCGAACAGUAUGAAAGGGCGUUAAGGAAUAAGGUCGAGAAGGAGUUUCAGGCGAAAUUCAAGUCAUACUCACAAAUGGUGCCGUGUGCAACAACAUUUGAAAUGGAGAAGCAAUUUCAGUCUGCUUACACUAUUUUGAAGUUCAAGGAAGUGCAGGAGAAGUUCACAGGAAAGAUGUACUGUGACGUCGCUUCAGUCACAGAAGGUUGUUUUGGGACGACCUACGAGGUUCGAGAGUCUGUGAACUGCCCUGGAGGCAGGAAGAAGAAAACAUACAAUGUCUUGUACCGGAACGACACAUGCAAAGUUAUUUGUAGUUGCCAUAUGUUUGAGUUUCGAGGAAUUAUAUGCAGGCAUGCGAUCACCGUCUUCGAUCGUAAUGACGUCACAAAAAUGCCAGAGAGGUAUAUAGUGCGGAGAUGGCGAAGAGAUGUCACUAGAGCGCAUACAAGGGUUCGUGUGAAGUACACUGGGCUGGUUAGCACUCCUGAACAAAUGAGAUACGAUGACAUGUGUCAGGCAUUUGUAGAGGUGGCAGGCCUUGCUUGCACUGACGAAGUUCGAUCGCGUGCGAUUAUGGAUUGGAUACAAUGUCAAGCUGCAGAGUUACGGUCUUUGAAUUCUAGUUGUGGGAGCAAUGUUCUUUCACAAGCUACUACUCACAUAGCGAGCCAAUGCACUGAUUCACAAAAUAUCAUCGGCACGAGCAUAUUAGAUCCCAAAUUAUCGAAAAGGAAGGGGGCACCACGAAAACUUUGGAAAAAGGGCCCGUUGGAGUCGACUUCGAAAAAAGUGAAGGUAUGUUGUUGUACUAAACCGUUUAAUCAUAAAGGAUCAUAA